AUGGCUGAGGAGUCGUCGUCUAUUAACUCCCCGCCGGAUGAGUGUGAAUCCCCUGUACCAUCAUCAUCAUCAUCAUUAUCAUCAACGUCUGUAUCUCUUGCCACUGUCGUUGAAGAAAUGACCGAAGCUAUCGAGACCAUUAAGAACACUACUGGAGAUUUGUCAGCUGUGAGCGACAACACAUUCAUUCUGGUGACCAAGGUUUUUGAUCCACACUUCACAUACGAGACGAAAUCUCAGAGGCUGUACUUGAGCGACCAUCUGGCAAAUAUCGGUGCCGCGGAAGUCUUCACCAGGAACAUCGCGUGGCUGCGAGCAUUGGAACAUGGCGGGUUGUCUGAAGAUGUCUGGCCAUACAUGGAGUAUCUAUACCUCUGUUGCCAGAACUACACGAACUUUAGCCAGAAAUUUGCUGAAGAACUAGGGAAGGCCGAAAUCAUUCCUAUCCUGGUAAAGGACCUUCAAAAAUUAAAGGAGACGUGGAGAACUGAUGAGAGAUGUAAGGACACAGUCUUCAAUUCUCUGGGUACUUUGUACAACAUAUCAAGGAUGUCACCAAGCAUCAGACCGCUCUUCAGAGAGAACAAGGCAAUAGGAAGUCUGAUUCCUUAUCUGAAGGCGGACAACGAAACGUUUAAGACCGUUGCUACCUUAACACUGGCGUAUGUAAUUGACGAGAAAAACCUGGGCAUCGUGGCGGAUCCUUCUGUCAUCCGUUUCAUCACUAAUCUGUUUAUUGUGACAGUAGAUGAUGAAACAAAGUUGUGGACAGUAGAGGGCACAAGCUUCAGCGCCACAGAGCUGGCCAUGGGGAUAGAGAGACUGGCAGUGAAUGAUACUCCUGAUGAUAACAAUAAGCUAACACUGGUGGAAGAAGGUGUCCUCCCACCUCUGUUCAAACUGAUGACUGAAGGAGACGAAGAGGAGCAGCUCCAUGCAGUCCGGGCCAUCUCACAACUCGCCUUCCAUCCGAGAAACAGGGAGAAGAUCCGAUCGGUCAUCCCGCAAUUGCAGCAGUUCAAACAAAGCGAGAAUACUGACAUAGUAAAUGCCGCCAACGGAGCUCUGUGGCAGUUACAGGAUGCAGAAUCCCGUCAACAGAAGGUUGUAGUGACCGAUGACAGAAGAAAAGCCAGCCGUGUUCGGCAUGUGAUGCUCAGCUACCAAUGGGACAACCAGAAAACCGUCAAGAAGAUAAAAACCGCGCUCGAGGCAAAGGGUUACAAGGUUUGGAUGGACAUUGAGAAGAUGGGCGGUUCCACUCUUGAGGCCAUGGCGGGGGCGGUGGAGGAGGCAGCUGUGGUGCUCAUCUGUAUGUCCCGCAAGUACAAGGAGAGCGUCAACUGUAGAGGAGAGUGUGAAUAUACCCGAGUAAGAGGAACUGACAUCAUCCCGCUGAAGAUGGAGGACAGUUACAAACCUGACGGCUGGCUGGGGUUCCUGGUUGGCGCUCGUCUGUACUUCAACUUUGACUGUCAGGACAAAUUUGAAGACGUGAUGGCCCGGCUUAUCAAAGAAAUAGGUGACAGAGGCAAAGAACAUGCGCCCGAAGUUACAGAGACGGAUGCGGUUAUGGAGCUCAAGAUGGCCGCGGUCACCUCCAAACCGCAGGGACAAAACCCUGACGAAUGGGCGAGUGAGGACGUCAGGACAUGGGCCCAGGAGAACCAGCUGGAAGGAGAUCUUACGAGAUUAGAACCAGACGACUUACACUUUCUGCGCAAAGUGAAGAAGGAGGCUCCUGCCGAGUUCUACAAGUCGAUCGCGGAUGAGCUGGGACUGAAGACCAUCUCCAGCAGGAGGAAGUUCUGUGACGCACUGGAUAAUCUGGAGCAGACUCAGCGGUCACAAGUGUUCAGACAAGACAAAUCCGUGGUUAAAGGAUCAUCCUCUUGUCAGUUAAUCUAAUCAUCUAAGUUAUAACGCACAUGCCAGGUUAGAUGCAAAUGAAUUAU